AUGGGGACAUGCUCCUGCUUCAAGAUCAAAAUUACGUUCGAAAUUGGAAGCCACUCGCCUGUUCCAAGAAAUAAUGAAAUAUCAGUCACGGAAAUCGAAGCAAUUCAGCAAAUAAACAACCAUCUCAUCGGAAAUGAAAUUGAAAAGAUCCGUAAGCUGCUCCCGUCAGAAUAUCGCAAGUCUCGCCAAAGCGAAAUUGAGUCGCAUCUGACGACGCUCAAGAAGAUCGAAUCCUUUAUCCGUCAGACAAACGCGGAAAAAAUGAGCUCUUUCUUUCCGAGCGCGCAUCAUAGCGUGAACAACAGCGAGCUUCCAAGCCCUCAAAUCUCCACGACAAAAUCACUUUGCGCAUCGCCAAAUAGAGAGCGCGGCAAUACAUCCAGCCGCCUGUUUUUCCAUUACCCAAGGCCCGAAAUUUUCAAGGUCGAGUGUAAAAGCUUCACGGCAGUUUCAUCUGCGCCUUUUCUGAUUUCACCGUCGACGCCAAAAACUUUGAAAAAAUAUCACUCUUCGUUUACUCCUGGACUUCAAUCGACGCCAAAGAAGUGGUAA